CCAACGCAUUUUCCUGCUUUCCUUUCCCACACUGUGGCUUUUCCAGCCUUCCCUGGAGGCAGCAACUGCCCUCGUGUGCACUCUUCUUCAUACCAGAGCAUGCGUCCCAAGUUAAAUGAAGGUCUCUGUUCCCCAUGGGCUUUCCAGGGCCUGACUCUGUGCAUCAUAUGUAUUGUGCUCUGUAGGAUAAAGGGUGCCAUAUUGACACAUGACAGAGAUGUGGAGCUGGGCGGCAACGCCACCUUGAGAUGUACCCUACCGGUGGUAGAAUCUUCUGAAACUGUUCAAGUUACAUGGCAGCAAGAGGUUAAUAAAAACUUUGUCAAUUUGGCAGCAUACACCAACAAAUCAAUUCUAAAUAUUGAUGACCGAUACAAAGGUCGAGUCAAUUUAACAAUUUUUGAACACAAUGACACUGCCAUCAGCUUCUGGAACGUUAGCACCCAAGAAAAUGGUUGUUACCGAUGCAUAUUUAACAUAUAUCCUCAAGGAUCCAAAAGAAAUAAAGCCUGUCUUUCUGUUUACGGCCGCCUCAACACAUUUUUACACUACAGCAUCUCUGAUGGGCGCUUGAAUGCCACCUGCUUAGCAACGGGCUUCCCACGUCCCAAUAUCACAUGGGUUGCGCCAAGAGGCCUGAAGGAGGAACACGAGAUCACAAAUCCCAAUGGCACAGUAUCGGUCAUAAGCAAUAUCCUUGUAAAUGCCUCAGAUAGCCAUUCUGGACAAGAGAUGAUCUGCAAGGUUACACACAGGGGGAAAGAGAUGGAUCUCAAGGUACCAAGAAAAGGCUAUCCAUAUGCUGUGGUGGUAACUGUACUCUUCCUAAUUUCUCUGACUGUGGUUAUUAUUGCGGUGUGCUGCUGGAAACGACACCAAAAAUAAUGCAGAAGAAUCUAAGGGAUUAAACCAACAUUCUGAAUUUUGUUCCAGGGAACUGAAAGACAUUCUAGCAACUGUGUCUAUAUAACUGGCAUGUCUUGAAUGCAACAUCAAUUUAAAGGAGAAUCUGGACCAAAUUUGGGAUUCAUCAUUGUCAGCCUUUCCUCUCUUUCCACUGAAAGGAUCCCUAUGGUUGAAGCUUACAACUCUGCCUACAACAAACAAUGGCAGGUCUCCAACAGGAAAAUAACAUGUACCUUCUAGGUAGCCCUUCUACCAAUAUAGAUUUGUGAACCAUGGCCAGAUCCUGUGUCAACAGAAGUAAUAGGCCACAUACAUUUUCAGUGGCAAAUAUAAUAUCAGCUGGGAUCCAGAGAUUCUCUUGUACAAGCAGAAGGCAUCUCUGUGGGUACAACCCCCCCUAGAUUCUGUCAAUUCUCCCCUCUUGAUAUAGCCUCUCUUGCUACAUCCCAUGUUUUCCCCAAUGGUGGGAAAGCACCAUUGUCUGAGCAGUGUCCUGCUUGUUUGUCACUGGAUCCAACCCAAAGAAAAUGUACAGUGGUACCUCGGUUUAUGAACACCUUGGUUUACGAAUUUUCGGUUUACAAAUGCCACAGACCCAUCUGGAACGGAUUAAUUCACUUUCCAUUACUUUCAAUGGGAAAGUUCGCUUCAGUUUAUGAACGCUUCAGUUUAUGAACAGACUUCCGGAACCAAUUGUAUUCAUAAACCGAGGUACCACUGUAUUAUUAAUUCUUAAAUGAAAAUAGAAUGAGAAAAGAAGGUGGUAAACAGCAGUGUUAUAGUCUAGUAAAGGGCUUAGAAUGGUUAAAACCAAGAAACUCAUGUGCAGGGUUUGGGGCCAGUUUCCACCAUGAAGUAUUCAUUUGCCCCCAAAAGAAAAAAAGCACAAUGCAAAAUAAAGACAGAUCUGCUUCUGUUAAUAUAACUUUGGCUUUCCUUCUUUAAACACACUAUUGUUAGCAGCUGAUUUUAAAGGGAAUCUUGAAAGAAAAAUGCAAAGAGUCAAUGUUUUCCAGCAAUCUACUGAAGAGGAAGGGCACAGGUUGGAUGAAUAAGAGCUAUUCAAUAAUUCUGCAACUAUGGGGAUUGAACAGGAAACAAUUCAUUAGGCUUUAAAAAGAAUUAAGGAGAAGAGGAAGCUAUUGUUUAAAGGGACAGUAGCCCGAAAGACCUUAGCAGUGCUUACCAAACCACAUUGAACAGGCUAGUGCUGAAAUCGAUUUCAUUUUAAGAAAGUAAUAAUAAGAACCUACCAAUCAGGUAAAAGAAAAGAAAAGAAAGAAACACAGGAAAAAAUGGAACAUAGCAGGUAAUAAUGUCACAUGGAUUUUGUAAAACCUGAGAGAAUAAAGGGAUGUCAAUUUCAAAUUAAAUGGCUCAGAUAAAAGCAACCUAAGUAAAUAUUUUUAGAUGGGCAUUAAUUAGUUCCUGGUGUUAGUUAUCCUAACUGUGCUUUAUGGCAAUUUCUUGUACAUUCAUUGUUAUCUCUUCUGUGGCUACCUCUCGUAAAAUAAAUCAUUGCACUGAAUGUAUGGAAAGACCUGCUGCAUUUUAUGUAGAAACCAAAUAAAGUAAUUUCAAAUAAAAGUGAUAAUAUGCUCCUUAUUGUCGAUGUCUUCGGUUUUCAUUUUGGUCAAAAUGGGACCUCAGAUUAAAAUAGUGCUACAAGUGGGUGUAGAUUUGGUGUGAUGAUAGUCUAAUAGUCCUUUUUACCUUUAAAAAUAUUUCUGCACUGAUUUCUUUAAAAGGAAAAAAAAUGACAUUUAAAAAAUAGCAACGAACUAGUAGACAGCUUCUCUGGCUUUCUGCAGUUUCCUGUGGUUACAAGAAAGCCCACCUGAAGUUAUUAUAGGGGCACUUGGGAAGGCUGAAGAAUGUGGACCACCAGAAAGGGGAUUUAUAGAAUCAAACCAAAGACAUUCACGAAAAAACUUGGACACCUCUAAGGUAAGGGACGUGCCCUUCACCCAUAAGAAUUUCACUGAAAAAUUCUCUCCACUUUGGUAAUCUUUAAUAAUUUGAUCAUUUGUAAUGCAAUUUCUUUUCUAGUGCAUUGAUGGAGAAUGGUAAACAAGCAAAUGAGUACAUUUUUCCUGAUUACAUAAUUUACAAUUAUGUAAGCUACCUCAAAGUUUUGUAGAGAGGUGGGAUAUUGUAUGGAUAAAUUGAGAAAUCUGUGCUAAACCACUGCAAUCUCCCUGCCACAUUUGUUUUCAAAACUUUUUUGAGACUGUACAUGCCACAUUGCAGUGUUAGGAUGUUCAGCUAGUCAGAUUAAGAUUGGCAAAAUCAGCACAACUACUAAAGCAGUCAGCUGGUAGUCUUUUUCCAACCACUUACUGCAGCUAUGCUGCUAAAUGAAUCAAUAUGGCAGAAAGAUGAGAACUUUGCUGAAAUCAACUUUCCAUUUCCUCACCUAGAUCAGAAGAUAAUUGUUUGCAAAUUAGAUGGGUGACUUUGACAAGGAGUGCAAAUGAUUCAGCACAGACGGAUAAAUAUUUUGCAUUUAAAUUUGCAUGCUUGCAGUUUCAGAGGUCUGGUGAUGAACUUUUCAAACACAGGGCAACCUGCCACUCACCCACCUGCUCUAGGCCUAGGAGCAGAGGAUUCUGGGAGGGGUUGGCUUAUCAGGCUGUUGGCACCGUUGACAUUCUGCAAAACUGUCCAUAUGCACUAUAGCAUUACCAAUGUUCCGGUGACUCACUGGGUAAUAUCAACACUCGCAGUUGCACAAUACCUUUGCUAGGAGAACCAACCAAAAUGUCACAAAAUAGUAGCAAGAUAGAUCUAGUUAACAUCCUGCCUUUGUGUUUUCAAAAAUAGGCAGUGACCGCUAUCCCAGAAUACUAGCUGUGUAACCAGAUACUGGGAACACCUAGUAGAGACUUACUCAGUUUGCAAUAUCCAUUUUGUAAGAGAACCUUGUCCUUAUGGCUACAACAUCCAGCUGAUUUGUGUACUCCCAUCCCUUCUUUAUUUUUCCUUGUCUACCUGUCACUUGCUUUGUGUAAUUUCCUGCAGAAAGAAGCCCCUAGCCCCUUCUAAAUCUUUCAGCAACUUCCCAUUUUGCUAACUAUGGCUGGUUUAGUUACAGGGUAGUAGUUUAGGCAUUCCACAGGCGAAUGAACACAAUCAUGGUGAAUUCAUUAUCUGAAACACCACAAACUACUCACAACAGGUGGGAAUCAGCAGGCUUAGGGGCACUAAAAAUAAAUAUUCAGGGGGAAACCUCUAAGGGGUGGAGUGGCAAAAGAAGCCCAGUGAACACUGACUGAGUGGGCUCAGCAAACCCACAAUGCUAGCUGACUGAUACUUGUUGGAGGGGGAGGAAAAUGGACACUUGUUCAGGAAGAGAGCAUAGUUGGUUGUUUGGAAUCCCGAGCAGUAAAACUCUACACUACUGCAGUUUCCCACUUGUCCUUCCUGAGCCACAUUCCCAAACAGAAGUUUCUAAUAACAAAACCUUUUGCCACCAGUACAAGUGUACCACUAAGAGACUUUAACUUGGCUCUACACUGAAUGCUAUCCAAAGAUUCUAGAUAACUAGGGAGCCAUGUAGAUGGUCCUCUGGGCUCCUGUAACCCUUGGAUUUGUAUAAUUCAUUCAUUCAUUCAUUCAUUCUCCUGGCACACAGACAGUUCUGUCAAAGCACAUAGAACAACUGCAUCACAGAAUUGCUUCUUCCCUAUUUAUUUACACCCAGUGCUUUUUUUAUUUAAAAAUGUAUAGAUGUACUCUCAUUUUGACUCAAGAAGACCACCAUUUUAUAGUUCAAAUCAGGAAAAAUAAAGACAGUAAAUGGACAUCAGGGGUUCCAAUGGAACUGACGAUUCACCGUGCUAGAGAAGAAACUAUUUUUUAAAUAAAUUUUUAGUUUCUUCUCCCCUUAGAUUCACAAAAUGUUUAGGGGUAUGCAUCCCCCUGCAUCCCCCCAGAAAAAAGGUACUGUUUACACCUAUAAAAAUGGUUCUUAAAUGCUACCCUUUUGACAUAACUGUUGUGCCUCUUUUGUGAGGUCAUCCACUGGUUGCACAAAGUUUAACAAUGAAACACCAACACUCUUAAUAAACCUUUUGUUCCCACAUGCAAGUUUACACCCUCCAGAUUGCUUUCUUCCAACUGAGAAUGGAGAGUUUUCCCCAAAGUUCUUCACAGUGAAUCCAGCUGUGAAAGUUCAUGGGAGAUUUGCACUCGUUUUGGCUCCUUUUCAGAAGUUGCUAUGUAUCUCACUCCCUCACAUGUUUAUUCAAAAGCAAUUACCACUAAAGUUAAUAAGACUUACUCCAAGUAAAUAAGUCUGCAUAGGGCAUGGAUUUGAGAAAAUAAAAAUUGGCUUAUUAUUUGGAAUUAGGAGAUCAAACUGUAAAUCGGUAAUAGGAGGUUUAUUUCCAAAACCCUAAAACGGGUGUUUCCAAUCUUUUGGAUUUGUCUUCGCAAGCAUUGCCAUUUCCAUUUUUAGAAGGCUAGGAAGUCAUGGGAAAAAUCCUCCCCCUUCCAGCAAUGGAAUGAAUCAAUAUAUCAGAUUUCAGAAGGGUGCCCUCCAGUUCAUGCACAGCAGUUUAAAGUUACAGCUGUGUUUUCAUGGCUGACUUUUUAAACAGUUGUUUUGCAUACUCCACAAUACAAUCCUGUACAUCUAUUCAGAAGGCAUGGCCAUUAAGUUCAAUGGGGAUUACUCUCAGAUGAGGAUUGUGGCCUAACUCACAGAAAUCCCAAAGGUGUCUGUAUAGAUGGUACCUGACGCCGGUCAAGUUAGCUAAAAUGUACCACAAAAGCGACAAUAAAUGUUGGAAAUGUAAGCAGGAUGUUGGCUCAUUCUACCAUAUGUGGUGGACAUGCCCUAAGAUAAAAGGCUUCUGGGAAAUGAUUUAUAAUGAAUUGAAAAAGAUGUUUAAAAACACAUUUUUGAAAAAACCGGAAGCCUUUUUGCUUGGAAUAAUUGGGGAAGAAAUUCCCAAGGACGAUGUUAAUCUGUUCAUGUAUGCCACCACAGCUGCUAGGAUUUUAAUAGCAAAAUAUUGGAAAAAAGAGGAAUUGCCUUCGAAGCAGGAAUGGCAAAUGAAAAUGAUGGACUAUAUGGAAUUGGCAGAAUUGACAGGAAGACUCCGGGACCAGACAAAUGACAAAGUUUUUAAAGACUGGAAGAAAUUUAAAAUGUAUAUAGGGAAUGUAUUUGAUAAUUAGAGUUUGAAUAUCCAGGAAAAUAAAGAGGUUAAGGCAUUAGGGAAAUAAUAGAAGAUUAAAAGUUUGAAAUUAGGGUAGAUGAUAUGAAGAUGAAUUACUUUUGAAGUUUUUAAAGGGAUUACAUGAUGGGUAAGAAAGAUGAUUUAGAUACUGCUAUAGAAGUUUAUAAAAAUGAAAAUCAGAUAGUAGGGAAUUGGGGAAGCCUGAAGACAAUGAUUAUUAAAAUGGAUGAGAAAUGAUAUAUUUUUCUGUUAUAUGUUGUUUGAUUUUUGUAUUUUUGUAUUUUGUAUUUUGAUGUUUUUUGUAUUUUGUAUGUUUUGUUGAUAAAAGAUUAAUAAAAAAUAUAUUAAAAAAAAAAAGAAAUCCCAAAGGUGUCAUGGGCUUUGAAGAUGCUCAAACUCAGGACAAAAGGGAGAAAUGUGUCAAUAGGAAGGCAUGCUUGGCAAACCCUCACCAUGAUCGACUCCUGCCCAGAAACCUAUGUCCAGGGCCGUCUCAAGCCGUUCGGGCACCCUGGUGCCGUGGUGCGGAGAUCGCUCCGGCGCCCCC